AUGCCGCGCUCACCCUCCAACUCACGUUCCCGCUCACCGGUCAAAAGGAGACGGUCCAGCGCAUCCGCAGAGCCCGAGAAUGGUUGCCCAUUCCUCAUCCGCCUGUUUGUCACCAAGGGCCGACAUACGCACGUGAUGGAAUUUGAGGAGGGUCGAUUCCCGCUCCAGGAUGAGUUCACGGCGUACGGAUGGAAGAUCUCCACGCCCAGUUCACUCAUCCAGCUCCUCCUCCCUUCCUUUCCCGGCCCCUAUCGCUCGCCUCUCGCCCGCUAUUCCUUCCGACACAUCUAUGUCGAUGCCUCUCCACGUGGCCUGUAUAGGCACAAAGACCUCGUCUCCUUCACCGGUCGAGACUUGAUGGGAGCGGUCGCUGCGCUCUCGGCCACCGGCGCAAAUAACGGGAUGGACAUGGAAUUGGAUGAUGGGCCGUCUCGGCCAGAAGAGGGAAGAGGGCGGAAAAUAGAGGAGAAGACACUCGAAGCGUAUGGUUUUGAAACGGGAGAUCUGCUGUCCGUGGCGCUUCACAUACCAGAAGGGAGGAAUUUGAAGCGACCGACGGCGGGAGGGGCUGGACAUGGGGCACCGGGCGGUCCAGGGGGACCAGGAAUGGGAGGGUCGGGCGGACCUGGGAUCGUCAGCGACAGAAACAGCUUCGGAUGGAAUAACGGCUCGAAUGGACCAAGAGGGCCGGGCGGCCCGGGCGGACCAAGCAGACCACCAACCGGUAAUGGACCGACGGAUCGGACGAACGCGUGGCAGCGCGGCGGACCUCUACCCGAUCAGUCAGCGGCGAGAGGAGCUCCUGGCCGGAACAGCUUUGGUGGGCCAGGCGGUAUGGGCGGAGACGUACCCCCAGGCGGGCGGUGGGGGCGGGGUGGUGGAAUGGGCGGCGGAGGUGAAGGACGAGGCGGCGGACCGGGUCUGGGCAUAAGAGGAGGCAGAGGAGGGAGGGGACGGAGUAGGAGUCCAGACUAUCAGCGGGGAGGGAGGAGGAGCGCGAGUCCGGAUAACAAGCGAGAAGGAUCGUCAAGGCGGCGGGAUGAUUAG